UCUGUACAACUUAUUGUUCAUUGACCCCAGUACCAGGAUUGGUGCAAAUUAUGAUGAUGAAAAUUCAAAACUUGGCUUUUAUGCCUAAGAUCUUUGAGUCUCUGAGAGGACAAUAUUAACUUUUUAAUUAUGAAAUAAGAUCGCUUUUACGGAACUGUCUCUAUUGGAAACGUAAGUAAAAGCAAUAAUAAAAAAAAUUAUCUUUAUUGACAAUUGAAGCAAUUCAACUUUUAAAAUUAUUACAAAGUAAACAAUUAGGUACAAUUUAGGGAAUGUCUCUUCUGCGAAUCUGAUCUUUAAAAUAUCGUGUGCGCCUGUGUGAAUGUGAAAGAAAUAGGAUAGAAAGAGAUGGAUGGAAUGAAAUAUUGCCUAUUAUUUUUAGUGUCGAUUCCAUGGUUCUGUAUGAAUUAUUAUUACCUACUCAUAAAAAAGUUUGAUGUGAAAUCUUUGUAGUUUGUUGUUUACGUUUUUCAAUUAAUGAAAUAAAUCAUUAUUGAUGUUAAUAAUUUAAAAGAAAAUCUUAAGUAUCGCGAUGUAUGGUGUGGUAUGAGUACUUUAUUUAUUUAAUUUCUUUACUUGUUCACACGCUGCUGCGUUUUUAAGUAAUCUCGAAAAGCGGCUUUAGCAAUGAUGGUCUGACAACAAACAGUGCGAAGAGCAGAAGAACAAGUAGGCAAGUGGACCCUCGGCUCCGACGCGGCUGAGGAAGAAACACACCAAAGGGGUUUGAAGAUUUUACUAUGGAGCGUGGCAUACCUACUGCCGCCAUUUUGAUUUUUUUUCAAAAUCGCGGCCAGCCAUGAAACCUUUAUAAAUCGAUAGCUGACAUUAAUGCCAACAAAAAAUAUUAAUUCAAUGACCCUCAUAAAGUGUCAGGUUUCCGAGAAAAUAGCCGUCAAAGUUGAUCACGUGAUUUCUAUUUUUUUUUUAAUAGCGACUAUAAACCCAUCUAUUUGGUAUAACAAUGUGUAAACAUACACAAAAUAUUCUAAUAGGUAUAGAUAAUAUUAAUAAUAAAACAUAGAUAACUAUGCCUCAUGAUAUUUCUACAUGUUGCGGCUACUAUGUACUUAAUAAGAAUAUUUUAUACUACGACAAAAAAGUCAAUGGAGACGUACUGUUCAUUAGGUAUUGUUUUAGGUGUUAUAUAUAACAAGAAAAUAGAUUAUGUAUUAUAUUAUUCUAAUGUGCAAGCGAGACACACUACAAGCGGGGGUGGGGGGAGUGUGGCGGAGGAAGUGCGCCCGCUCCACUUUUAUAGUCCCGACCACUGCACUCAGUUUGCUACCUGUGUUCUUUCUAUGCGGGAGUAAACGCCUCUCUGUGCGAAUUAUUCGUUAUUUAGUUGCAGUGUUGGAUUUGUUGUUAAAGUUGUUUCGUUAAGUUUGCUUAUUGUUUUUGUUUGUUAUUGACUUAUUUGUUUUGGUGCUGAAAUGUCCCCUUCAAGACGUUGUUAUUUUUGUGGAAUAAGUACUAUUCACUAUGGACCAAGGCGUAGAUCUCGUGCACCUGUACGGUCUUAUCAACUGAACGACGACUUCUUAUUGGAGCAUCCCUCCGUUAUGGAAUAUGCUGGCCAUAUGAUUGAGGAGCCGCAGAUAACGGCUGAGAAAAAGAUAUGUAGGCCUUGUUUACAACGUGCCGAUCGCUUUGUUAUUAGACAAAGGAGAGAACGUAUGCAAGAGGAACGCAAUGAAGCAGUACAACAAGCAGCGACCGACGUGGUAGUUGAACCUUCUAGUAGCAGCUCGUCACGUGGUAUAAUUAACGAUCCAUUGGAUGUGAUUGGUGUGCCUGAAGAAGUAAUUGUUCCCGAAGUACAAGAUGCACACACACAAACAAGGCUCCGGGCCGAAUUCAGUGAAGCGCAACAAGCUGAUGUCUUCAUUAAGACAGUACCAGACAUACUCGCAGACCGAUGUUCUAGUGGUAAAGGCUUUUGGGGUUGAUGAUGGACAGUUUAAUACAUCCAGUUGUUUCAGCGAAAUUUUAACCAUAGAAGAUGAAGAAGAAGAAGAAGAAAAAAGAAUCCCCGAAACAAAUAUACCAAGAUUGGUGCCCAUAGAAAAACUCCUCCAACCACAUGUAAUAGAGCCAAAACCGCGAACAUUAUUACAGAACCCAGAAACAACAGACCUAAAUACACAAACAAUAAUAGACCAACAGAAACCGAGAGCAGACAACAACAUGUUUCUGGCACAAAAUAACACAGAUAGCAACAAAUUACUUUUAUAUCCUGUCAAAGGAACUGACAAUACAGACGAUAAAUUCCUCAUUCUGCCGAACAAUUCCAAAAUUGUCGUUGACGGCAAUGAAUUGAAACUUGUGAACAAUUCCGUACCAGUCCUAUUGCCGGACGGAACUAUGGUCACAUUAGCGCCGCAAACACAACAGAUCGUUGUGCCUAUAGUAAAUAAUAUCAUCCCAAAUAGUAUUGCGUUCAAUAACAACGCACUUACAGUGAAAGGUAUAGAUACAGUUGAAGAAAUAAUUAUUCCCGAUAGAGGAAAGAUUGGGGAAAAGGUUGUAAGUAGUGUAGUUUUUAAUAAUAAUAAUGUUGCAAUUGAAACGACUAAUGAGAAAGAUAAUGUUAGUCGAGCAGCUUUAAGUAAAACGGGUGAAUUAGGUCGAGUUAAUGAUUUAAACCAAGUAGGUGAUUUAAGUCGAGUGGGUGAUACACGUCGAGUGGGUGAUGUAAGCCAAAUAGUUGAUGAUACCAACCAAACAGAUGAUGAGAUUUGUAAAAUAACAGAUCUGAGGAGUCUUCAACAUGAUGCAACAGAAAAAUGUCCACCACCAAAGAGAGCUAACUCGAAUAUAGAUUGGGAGGAUAAGAUUCCAAUGGAUGUUAUUUCAUUUAUGGAAAAGUGCAACAACACAAAACACCCACCCGCGAAAGGGAACCACUGGACUCCCACCCUACCUACAACACCCACCCACGCCUGCAUUUUGCCAGAUGUGACCGUCUCAUCCGGCCCGUGCGCCAUUUCCAAAACUCCCGCUGUUCCCAAAAUUCCCACUGUUUCCAAAGCUCCCACUAUUCUAAAUAACUUGCCCCCAGUAGCACGUAUUCCAGUUAUAUCCAAAUGUUUUGUCCCCCCUGUGACACAACGGUCAGUCAAAGCCCCAAAACCCAACGCCUCUGUAGCAGAAGACGAUGAUAUGGGAUUACUAAAGCCUAUGUCCAGGAAACCUAGGGUUAGGAAACGUAAAUGUGACGACGAUGACGUUAUUAUAGUUUCAUAAUCGUGUUUCGAUAGUAUUUUGUGAUUUUGUUAAUAGUAGUAGUUGCCUGUGUGUAAAAUAAAAUGUGGAUGAAUUUCACGUGCGUUUUGAACUCCGCCGCGGGCUCUCAUUAGUGUUUAUUGAAUUGUACUAUACACAGUAAUAAAUUUGAUUGAUUGAAAAAUAAAAUUUUAAUUUUAUAAAUGUUUAAUUUAAAAAAAAAAGAUUCUUUAUUCAAUAAAAAUGUGCGACACUAACGAAACGCUACACGCCGCGUUCAAACGGUCGUGAAAUUCGGCCUUGUAUGAAUGCAACAAAAUGAAACACGAUAAUCAAAUGUCACUUAUAGUGACGUUUCGUAUUUUUUUGUGACUGUCAUGUCAUUUGUGACGUCACUUGUGUCUACUGUCAUACGGGUUUCCUAUAAUAAUUUUUUUGUAUAAUUAAGGCAUGGAAAAAAAGUAUCUGAAUUGAGUUGGCAAGUAUACUUUUGUUGUGACGUGAUCGCAAUAUUUGAAAUCGUUGGAAGUCACGGUACAUACAUGUAUAUAUACGUCUAUAUCUCGUCCGGGGUGUACAGAGCCAAGUGUUGCGAAACAAGGUCACGUAUAGUGGGUGUAUUUUUGGAAUUGAAAUUAAUUAAUGACAGGGUUUCCCUUGAUUGGCUUUUGCUAUAGCUGGCUAUUUAUAGUAAUAUGUAUUAUAUGUGUCAUAGUCGUCUCUCAAUAGUGUUAUAAUAGUAGUAGUUUUUUUAUUUGAUCUGUACAGGGUAUAACAUAAUACCUUAAAUUUUGACCACCAAUUAUUCUAUGAAGAUUUUUGUGGCCACCGUAUUCGGUUUAGUACACUGUCUACAUCGUGUAAUGGAAAACUGUAAUAUUUUGCAAUCAAUUCCUUUGUCUAGUGUGCAAUAAUAUGGAAAGAGGUUUUUUUAGUUUUCGUCAAUAAACAAAUGGAAUUGUUAAAA